GGCGCGCAGUUCGUCGUUGUAGCUGUCAAAUGGAAAUGAAUUGUUAUUGUGGCUUCUUACUGUCAAAAUGACAUGAAUCAUUGGAGAAUCCUCUGAUUGAACUAUUGUUUUGAAACCGUUUUCGCUUAGGAAUACCAUGUCCCUGGCUGUGUAUGUGUUGGUUCCUUGCUGUCGUCACAAUUCAAGCUUUCUGUUAGAGUAGCAUCUUAGUAUGUUAAUGUGUGCCCUACUGUCUUUAAACUGACCAGACAAAAAUGCUACACGAACUGUUACUCAGCCUAAGAGGCUUUCCUGGAGGCUUGCUGGACACCGCAAUUGAGAUGGUAGAAGUUUCUGCCUUCAUUCAUCCCGGAGAACGAGGUCUCAUUGAAAAAAUACUGAAAAUAGCAGCAGAAUAUCGACAGCUCAGGAACUUUGUUGAAGUACACAAAGAUCAAACCAGAGUUUUGAAGCCUUUACCUUAUCAAAAUGACCCUAAAGAAGCGUUGAAGCCUGGGCUCUAUCUGCAGGCGUUCUGCUACGGCAUCGAAGAAGCCCUUGUCCCUUAUCACAAAGAAAUUGUCCAGCUCGAGUCAAGAUUUUUGUCUGAUCCUCAUUGUUCACUCAUUUAUGUGCUAUACAGAGUAACUCCAUACGGAACUCUUUUCCAAGCCUUGAACACACUCAUCAGAGAAGUCACAACUCAGAAACUGCAUGGGUGUCAGCUGUUACAGUUGCUGUAUCAAAAUUUGGUAACUGCUGUAAGUGAAGUUGAAGAGGCUUUGAAAAAAAUUCUUCUAAGAUGCCACACUUGUUUUUUCAAACAACUUUCAAGCUGGGUGCUGCAUGGGGUGUUGAAAGAUUCCCUCCACGAAUUUUUUAUUCAACCUGCUGAGGCGGUGAGCAAUCACCCUAUGAGCUCUUCUUACAUGGAGUACAAGAUUGCUCCAAAUUUAUUGCCCAGCUAUAUUCCCUUGUCAUUGGCAAAUAAAAUACUUUUCAUUGGGCAAACUAUUGUGAUGAUAAGUAAUGAUCCUAGGGAUAGAAAUGCAGAUGCAAGCAGUGCGUCAAUCUUGGGCCGCAAUGAUAUGGACCCUGCCUUGUGGGAUCAGUGCGGUCAACAAUACUUUGAACGCCUUAGCCAAAUCAGCCAGUCUUCUCUUCUUAACAUAGGUUAUUUGGAUGAGACAGUGGAAAUUAUCCGAGGCUUUAUAACUGAGCAACUGUGGAAGCUUGCUGUAGAACAGGCUCAGCUACCCAUGCAGAUGCGUUUGAUCAAAGAUAUGUUUUUGUUGGGACGAGGUGAACUGUUCCUUGAAUUCAUAAAAGUAGCUGAAAGUAUACUCGAUCGGUCCCCUUCUGCAAACUUCAGUAGAGAGAUUAAUCAAGCGUUCCGAAGUGCUGCCCAUAAAAUUCUCUUAAGUAGUGAAGAAGAAAUGAAGAUUGAUAAAUUUUACUUUGGCACUUCAGACUGUAGCUCAACCACUCUUGCAGUAAACAAUGGCUGGACUGCAUUAGUCCUUCAUUAUCGUGUGAGCUGGCCAUUACACCUAGUUUUCACUCCUGAGGUUUUAGAUAGUUACAACCAAUUAUUUGGCUUUCUACUGCGUGUGAAAAAAACUCAGAGGCAGCUUCAUCACUUAUGGACCUUUCAAAUGACAAACAAGUCUCAAAGAUGGCAAGAUUCAAGAAUCUGGAAAAUACGCACAUGGCUCAUGUUUAUUGUGGACCACCUUCAGUACUACUUGCAAGUUGAUGUUCUUGAAAGUCAGUGGACAAUAUUUCAAAAUGCUGUGGAAUCCACCAGAGAUUUUGAAGCUCUCCGGCAUGCCCACAUGAAUUUUUUAGCCAGCACCUUAAGCCAAACAUUCCUGUUGCUUGGAUCUGCACAGAAUGAACCCUCUGCAACUUCAUACCAGAAGCCAGAAUCUCUUAAGGACAACCCUGUUCACAACAGCCUAUCUGGGCUGCUCAGAUUGUGUGAGAGAUUCUGCAACUCUGUUGCCUCUUGGGGAGAAACUGAGUUGUCAAUUGACCAAGAGGAUGAAAUUACUUUGCUGUGCAGAGAACUCGACCACUUGGUCAGUUUCUUAUUACAGCUGCUAGCAAGUUUGCGUUCUCAACCUUGUGGCACACAUCUUGCUCAACUUCUCUUGAGAUUGGAUUUCAAUAGAUGGUUUAGCAGACAAUGUACUGGUAAAAGUCUAACAGGAAGUUUAACUGGAUCUAUAACUUAGGUAUUAUAUUUGUAAGUAAUAAAUAUUUAUUAUUCGCCA